CUUUCAUAUGGGGCACGCGCCGUCAUGGAGGGGAGGGCCACUACCAGCCGUUUGGGCCCAGGAAAUAAUUCCCAGGCCGCGUCGGUCCAGGAUCGUGGCGGCUGCGACGGACUCUUCGCUCCGGGGGCCCGCGGCCUCCUCACACGCGCAGCGCCUCGUCGGGCACUUGGGGCCCCCGCGCUGGGGCGCGAUGUGGGCCGGCGCGCCCCCUGGCCCAGGCGGCGGGCCGGGGGCCGCAGCAGCGCCCCGGCCGCUGACCGUGCGACUCGGCGCGCCCGCGCUGGCCGGGCCUGGGCGCCCUCUGUCGCAGCAGGCGUUCCCGGCCGCGCCGCCGGCGAUGGCGCGCUCGGCCUCCGCCCCGCAGGGCCCGCCGGCGCUGGGCCCGGGCUCCGCCCCGCAGGGCUCCAGCCUGGUGUUGCGGCCGGGGCCUGGCCCAGGCCUGCCCGGCGCGGGCCUCGUGGCGGCGCCCUGGCUUGCGAGCGGGAGCUUCGCG